AAACGUCAAAACAAAUGACAUAACCUCAAAAAUGUUAUAUAUGAACAAAUCUAAGUUUUUGUGCUGUUAUUAUCGAAAAUUAUUAACAAAAUGGUCACAUACAAAUUCAAUGCGGUUCAAGAGUUCUGCAGAACCAAAAAAGAAGACAUAUUCUCAUACAAUUCUUACGCCAAAAACUAAUUUUCCGGCUCGGUCCAAUAGUGCGAAGAAGGAAGAAAUCCAAAAGGCAGCACAAUUCUCCAAGCUCUACAACUGGCAAAGGGAACAUCUGACUGGUCCUGAGUUUGUGUUACACGAUGGACCACCUUAUGCUAAUGGUGAUUUGCAUAUGGGGCAUGCAGUUAAUAAGAUAAUAAAAGAUAUCAACAACCGCAGUCAUGUACUUCAAGGGAAUAGAGUUCAUUAUGUCCCAGGAUGGGACUGCCACGGUCUUCCCAUAGAGUUGAAAGCCUUACAAAAAGCGAAGAAGGCGUCAAAACAAUCUGAACCUAACAGCCCUGUACAUAUAAGACAACUUGCAAGAGCCUUCGCAUUGGAGACAGUCGAAAAACAGAAAGCAGCCUUCGAAAGUUGGGGUGUUAUGGCCGACUGGAAUCACUGUUAUUUGACAUUAAACAAUAAUUAUGUACAGAACCAGUUGAGGCAAUUUUAUAAGAUGUACAAAUCGGGGUUAAUAUAUCGUGCUUUGAAGCCUGUUUAUUGGUCCCCAUCAUCCAGGACAGCACUGGCAGAAGCAGAAUUGGAAUAUGACCCUCAGUACAAGAGCAAAGAAGUCUAUGUUACGUUUCAAGUCCAAAAAGUACCUGGUAUUCUACAAAAUACGGCAGCUGGAAAUAAUGUCUCUGCUAUCAUUUGGACAACUACUCCGUGGACCCUGGUGGCGAACAAGGCAAUAUGCUACAGCCCUCAUCUCAAGUACAGUCUCGUGACCUUGAGCAGUAGACCUGGUGAUAUGUUCAUAAUCUGCAACACCCUGAUAGAGUCACUGGAAAAGAUAUUUGGAACCGAGAUUACGAAGAUUGUCGAAUUUGAAGGUCAUCAACUGCAAGGCACCACGUACAGAAACCAUUUGACCAAAGAGACAUUACCCUUCCUUGAGGGGGAUCACGUCACGGACAGCAAGGGAACGGGUCUGGUGCACACUGCGCCCGCGCAUGGCCCAGAGGACUUCUUAGUCGCACUUAAGAACAACAUGACUGUGGAAUGUAAUGUCGACGAAGCAGGUCGCUACACCAAUCUAAGUGCUGACUUCAAUGGACUACCAGUACUGUCUGAGGGUCAGGAUUUGGUGAUAGAACGCCUCGAGGAUUCCGUUUUGCACCGAGGGACGUAUGUCCAUUCGUAUCCUCUCGAUUGGAGGACCAAGAAACCUGUUAUAAUUAGGGCGAGCAAACAGUGGUUUGUGGACACUGAAGCCUUAAAGGAGACCGCUUUGGCAUCUCUCGACAAUGUACAACUGCUACCGUCCUCGAGCGCGGACCAGUCUCGCCAAGGGUUCCGGAGCCAGUUAGAACGUCGCCCCUACUGGUGUAUAUCGCGGCAGAGGGCGUGGGGCGUUCCUAUACCAGCCCUGUACCACAAGGACGAUGUUCUCGUUGACGAGCGUAUCAUAGACAAGCUUUGCUUGCUUAUAGAGGCGGAAGGUCCAGACGUAUGGUGGACGUGCGAUGUGAAAAAUUUGCUUCCAGAAGACAUUGUCACAGAACAGAAGUUGGAUAUCAAAGAAGUCGCUAAAGGCCAGGACAUAAUGGACAUCUGGUUCGACUCCGGCAUAUCGUGGACUACCCUGGGCGGGUCCAAAGCACAGCUGUACUCAGAAGGUUACGACCAACUGACUGGUUGGUUUCAAACAUCGCUGCUGACAUCUGUCGCUUUAACCGGGGAAGCGCCUUAUAGGUCUAUAUUUGUACACGGAUUUGUGGUAGAUGAUAAAAAAAGGAAGAUGUCCAAGUCAAUUGGCAAUAUAAUUGAACCCUCUACCGUCAUACACGGCGGCAAGGACAGGAACGCUCAGCCGGCGUAUGGCGUUGAUACACUAAGAUGGUGGGUAGCAAGCCAUGCAACGCAGCAUUCUCAAAUAGUCAUCAGCAAAAAACUGCUUGACGAUUGUCAAAGUGAAGUCAUCAGGAUACGAAGCAUACUGAAAUACCUUCUUGGCGUAAUUAAUGACUUAGAAAAACCAGAUUUUGACAGAAAACCCUCUUUAAAUUAUUUCGACGAAUACCUAUUAGGUGAAACAUAUGAUUUUCUUAAACAAAUAAGUGAACAUUAUAGCCAUUUUAGAUAUAAUCACAUCGCACAGGCAACACUGUUUUUUAUAAGUAAUAAAGUGUCCGCUCUAUACUGCCAUUGUGUAAAAGAUAGGUUAUAUUGCUCCCAUAGAGAAUCGGACCAAAGGUUAUCUGCUCAAUUAGUUGUUAAUACAAUAUUAAUAUCUCUUUGUAAGGCAUUAGGGCCUAUUUUGCCGCAUUUAAUAGAGGAAGCGUGGCAACACCAUCCGUUGUACGAACGACCGUUCCAUUUCACGCGACAGUUGUCAGUUUUACCGCCAAAAACAGUUGACACUUCCCUUAUGGUCGCCAUGUUGGAUCUGAAAAGAGAUAUUUGUUUGAUUGCCAAAAAUGAGAAUUUGAAAAAGUUUGACGUCAAUAUUAAAUUGGAAACGGAUUUGUAUGAGAAAUUGAAAGAAUUGAACCGCACAAAUGAUGCGAAUGAUAGUGUGCUAUGCGAAAUAUUGGAAGUAUCUACUGUUAAUUUGGAGGUUAUGAAUGGCGGGAAAAAUUGGCAUAUUGAAAUGUCAGAGAGUGAAAGAAGCCAGUGUUUGCGAUGUAGGAAAUAUAAUGCUUUAGAAAAUAGCGACAAAUGUUUGAGAUGCGAAGAAGUUGUUAAUUUAUUGUAAAAUAUUAAAAAGAUAGAAUACUAUACCGAUUUGUAGACCGUAAAAGUUGUGCGUUCGAAUCUAGUGAAUACAAAGAGUUUGUCAAUUUAAAUUAAAAACAUCGAUAAUAAAUCUUAUUAAUUAUCCAAGAGAUGGCGGUGGGCUCGUUCUUUACUACUAUCAAUAUGCUCGACGAAAUGGGUGCAUGUCGAUAAAUACCUCUAACUAUCAAUCCCUCUAACCAUUGCGGAUUAUAGUAGUUAUUUAAUUAUUUAUUUUAUUAUAUAGAUGUUAAUUAUGUACAAUUAAAUAUUUCAAACCUAGAUAUGGUUUCUUUAUAUAAAUGCUUCGACAGAAAAGGACUUUUUAUUUAUUUAUACAGGAAAACCAGGGCUUCACUAGUAUAUACAGAAAUUGUCUACAGUUACAAAAUAAUGGUCGUUUCCUGCAGUUUUACCCGCGUGAGACAGUAUAUAUUAAAUAUCUUGUUUGUUAAAUAAAUAUGUCAAGUACGAUAGUCUGACUUUAACACAGGACUUUCUUUGCUUGGAGGCUAGACACUUUUUUAAAGGGCUUUUACCUUCUUCAGGUAUAUCAGCCCUAUCGUACCCUGAACUGAUAUCUCAAAUAAAGUUUUAUCUACUUUCCCUACUCACGAAAAGAGAGGAAUUAAUGGGCAUUAAUAAUUUACAGAGAUGAUCAAAAAUUUUUUAUUUUGGUUCAGCUAAUAUAGAUUGAAUAAAAUUCUAUCACAAAAGAUUUCAAAUAAUUUUAAUUGAAAUGACUUAUUUUUUAUAUCCACAAUAGAAAAAAAAAACACGAUGUACUUUGAUCUUUUCCAAGCAGAAAAACUAUAGAGUUGUCAUGUUUCCCGCUAAAUUAGAAAAAAGUCCCGCCAAAAACGUUAUUUAUCCAAUUUCGCGUUCUUUUUUAAACUGUUAUUUAAUUGGUAUAGAUGAUGUGUAUUUUAAAAUAUACUUUGUAUAUAUUCGAAGAAUUAUGAAUAAUAAAUUUAUCUUUUGUUGUA